GAAGUAAAUGAGACAUGCCCUUUGCCUUUAGCACUGCAAGGCGCCAACCUAAAAGGCUAAAGCCCCAAAUUGCAUAGAAAAUCCAUUCUCUCCGUCCAAGAAAGCAGAUUACUAUUGACAAAGCCAACCCAAGCCUACGGCUAACCUGGCCAAGCCGCGUCUCUCUAUUACUCUUCACUGGAGCAGAGCCGACCGAUAUUCCAAUGCAGCCGCCGCCGCCGCCGAUACACAUUUUUCAGAAUUCCAAGAAGCGACUGUUGAUGGACCCUGACGUGAUCGAAAUUCCGCCUCCGGUUUCUCGCGCCAUCAAAGAGCCUAAACUCAAACAGUUCCGCAUGAACUUCACAGAUUUUGAUGAAUAUGCAUAUAUACAAGCUCAUUUUGAUAAUGUGGAUAUCCUCCUUUGGUUGUGGGAGGCCACCUAUUCCUUUGGCUUUACUUGGUUUGGUGAGAAGCAGGCUUCAGUGAGUAGUUCGCAUUUCCAAAUCCCUGCAGACUCUGUGAGUCAUGCUUCUGGAGCAGACCUAUCUUCUCAUUGGUCAUUUCCACAAACUGUCUCAAAUAAGGAGGAGCCAACUGCUAUGCAACAUGGUGGGAGUAGUACAGCUCCCACAAAUCUCCAGACGAAAAAGAUCCCAUUUGUUUCAAGUAGUUCAACUAAUUAUAAUUCCGAAUAUCGACUGAAAAGAGUGGAAAUUCCUCAUAGUGUUGUGUCUUUAGGACAUUAUACUUCAUUCGGUAUAAAUCACCAAGGUGGUACAAAUGAUCUGUUUUUUCCUAGUUUUCCAGAAAAUAUGGAUAGUUUGAAUCAACCUGGUAUAAAUCACCAAGGUGGUUCAAAUAAUCUGUUUUUUCCUAGUUUUCCAGAAAAUAUGGAUGGUUUGAAUCAAUCACCUUUCUGUAGUAGGUCCCAUCAAUGUCUUGCGUUUAUCCAUUCAGAUCAUCAUUAUAUUUCUAAAGCUACUUCAGUUAAACGCAGGCCGCCCAAGAAUUGCGGCAAAGAGAAUUCAGGGGAAUGGUUAUCUGAGAGAAUGAUUUGCCACAUUUACUAUCAUUCUGGCGCCUAUCGACUCAACCCGAAUUUGUACAGUUGUGGGAAGCGUUGCCUCAGCCUUUUCUUUGCACCUUGGCAUGGGAACCGAAAUGAGAAGUGGCUUCCUGGUGUUUCGAUCUGUGUUACAAGUUUCUUGUCUCUAUACCAAGCAUUUGAUUAUUGGAUCAAAAGGCCCUUUUUCAAUGAGCCAGGAUAUGAAUAUUGAGGUGGGUCACCAAAUGGAACAUGGUUGACAAUGGUUUACACAAUGAGGAGGCCACCAAAGCAUUUGAGGACUUUGUUUUGGGGCCAUUCCACAAGGCACGCUAAUGACAUUCUGGUAGCAUGUAAAGCAUACAUGGAUGGUGCUCAGGGUGGUGUUUGGUCAAAGGUGGUUCAGGAUGUUGACUAGCAGGGCGACAAGAGCUGCUUCAAAGCCGGUUUUAAGGACAUCUUAUACCAGGUUUCUGCAAUGAAGGAUGGUGGGCCACCUAAUGGAUUUAAUUUGGCAAUAAAUGCAACUAAUUGUGGUUCUGCGAAAAAUUGCAGCCCUUUCGGUGAUUCUGACUUAGGAUUCCCUAAUAUUGUUCUUGGAGUUGUUGGAUCUUUGGCUGAUGCUCGUGUUGCAGAUUGUUCGAGCAAGAAUCGGGGUAAGUUGAAUAUUCCUGAAUUUGAAGUUGAGUAUAUACACUCAAAUGGAAGGGGUAAAGGGCAACAUUGCCUUAAACAGAAAUUAGUUAAAAGUUCUUCAGAUGAUGCAAAGUGUACCGUCAAUAUGAGCUAUAAAAUAGGACUUUCAGUGAUGCCUGAUAUAAAAAUAGGAGAAGGCAUUUCUCUUUUUACUAGUACUUCACUUUUAAAUGAAGUAGAAAUUUCUGCUGAAGGAGUCUAUAAUGAAAAAUCAGGGGGCUUGUGUAUGGUAGGCUGCAGAAAUCUCGUGUUUGAUAAUCAGACAGAUACGGGGAAGUCCUUGGAUUGUGAAAUUCUUCUGAAAUUUCAAUUCUCUCCAUUGGAAGAAAUCAAAAAGGAAGGUUACAUUAAGGGAAUUAUUGAAAGCCUGCGCGAAAAAUCUGAUCCUUUUUACUUUGAACCUUUAGAAGCAUAUUCAACUGGCUAUAACAUAAUCCAAGCAAGACAGUUCAUUUAA